AUGAUCCGAAUUAAUGGUAUGAUUUCUGGAAAUGUUUUUUUUUUCUCAGUCGUCCUCAGAUUACACUCACUCCUGCGCCAGAAUUCCAGGUCUCUGGAGCUGAAUGUUGAUAACGCUGCUGAGCGUGCUGAAGCGUUGAAACUGAGCGGGCUGAUGCUCAGGUAUAACAGCGAACAGACGACCGUUGCUCGAGAUGUUGUGGCAUCCAGGAUGGCAGGCAGUGGUCGUUCGGAUUCGCUUUUUCCAAGAAAUAUUCUACGGACUGUCAAGCAGGCUGUGCUGUCGCCAGAUCUCAUUCUCGAUACUCUCGGCGCAGGACUUCUGUGGGAUGUUGAAGAAUCAGUAUCUGUCGUUAUAGGUUGGCUUGCGGAGCUUCUCAGUGGUGCAGUGCUUAAUGAACGCCCGUCCUCUUUUGAAAUUUUUGCUCCAGUGAUUGAAAUUGGGCUUUCACAAAGGAUGGAUUUGAAGGAACUGAGACAACAACAGUUGCAACCUUUGGGUACGUCUGCUUUGCAGUGUAUUUCGAAAACACUUCUGAAUCUGUUGCGCACAUGGCCUGGACUUUUCGCAUGCUCGGCUCCGGAUGAGAAGCAGAAUACGGUGCUUUCAUCUCUGCUAAGGUUCGUUGACAUCACGGCGCUUAGCCGAAACGUGAAUUUGAGGAGGCACGAAGUCUGCGAUGCGCUGAUCGAUUGUUUUUGUGAAUUGUUGGAUCUUUCAUACGCCAGCCAUAAUUUUCGCUCGUGGCCUGAAGCAGUGAAAUUUUACUCCACCAUGCAUCAUCCAGAUGCUUACAAAUGUUCAUUGCGUGAUGAAUUUGUAUUAGCGGAGCAUGAAGUGCUGCUAAGAGCGAAAGAACACGACUCGAUUUUAAGUGAUCUGCUGGUCUCAUUUCGUGCCGUUGCCACUUAUAUGCUUGUCAGUGCCGGAAUAAUUCAGGUAGCUUGA